ACCACCACUCCCACAAUAUAAAACACAAAACCCCCAAAUAAGAUCUCACACAUGAACAAGCCACCCACUGAUUUUAUUCACUUCAAGAGCAUGCAAAACAAUCCCUAUGCAAACCUCUUACUAAAAAAACCCCAAAUUAUUAUUACUAUUAUUAUCACCCAUCUCUACCCUCUUUCCCACCAAUCUUGAUCUAAACAACAACAAGAUUCAUAUCUUUCUCACGUGGGUAUCCUCAAAAAUGUCCGAGGAUGUCGGAACCAGCACCUGUAAACCAAAAACCUCCGUCACCGGCGAGUAUUCCGUCACAAACCCAGAUCAAGUACUCGAAAACGUCCUCGAAAACGUUCUAAUUUUCCUAACCUCACGGCGUGACCGUAACGCCGUUUCACUAGUCUCCAAAUCAUGGCACCGUGCGGAAGCACACACUAGAUCCGACCUCUUUAUCGGAAACUGUUACAGUGUGGCUCCGGUUCGUGUGACCGGCCGGUUCAAGAGAAUCCGGUCGGUUUGGUUAAAAGGGAAACCCCGGUUCGCUGAUUUUAGCUUAAUGCCGGCGGAUUGGGGUGCGCAUUUCACGCCGUGGGCGCACGCUAUGGCUGGGGCUUAUCGUGCGCUUGAGAAGAUUUGUUUGAAACGUAUGACGGUUACUAAUGAUGAUCUGGGUAUUAUUGCUCGCUCGUUUUUGAAUUUCAAGGAGAUUGUUUUGGUUUGCUGUGAUGGGUUUGGUGCUAGAGGGAUUGGAGUUAUUGCUAGUGAGUGCAGGAAUCUUCGUGUUCUUGAGCUGAAUGAAGAUGAGGUUUUGGAUGAAGAAUUCGAUUGGAUUUCUUGUUUUCCGAUGGAGGGGACUAGCAAUUUGGAAUCUUUGUGUUUCGAUUGUGUCGAAUCAUCGGUUAAUUUUGAUGCAUUAGAGAGACUAGUGGCGAGAUCGCCGUUGCUAAAGAAGCUUAGAUUGAAUCGUCAUGUUUCAAUCGGGCAGCUUUAUCGGUUGGCUUUGAGAGCGCCUCAGUUGACUGAUUUGGGUACCGGCUCGUUCAGUUUACCGGAAGUUAUCGGUCAGCAACAAGCCGAAAAUCACGAACCGGAUUAUGGUCAUGCUUUUGCUGCGUGCAGAUCGAUUAUUUGUCUUUCAGGGUUUCGGGAUCUUGCACCGGAAUAUCUUCCAGCCAUAUAUCCGGUCUGUGCUAAUCUCACCUCAUUGAAUCUUAGCUAUGCUAACAUUGAUGCACAGCAGCUGAAAGCCGUUAUUCGCCACUGUCAUAAACUACGGGUUUUUUGGACACUUGAUUCAAUAUGUGAUGAAGGACUUCAAGCAGUAGCAGAUACAUGUAAAGAUCUUCGCGAGCUUCGUGUAUUCCCCAUAGAUGCUUCUGAAAAUGCCGAGGGGCCCGUUUCUGAAGUCGGUCUUCUUGCAAUUUCUUUAGGGUGUAGAAAACUAGAAUCCGUUCUUUACUUUUGUCAACAGAUGACAAAUGCAGCGGUUAUCGCCAUGUCCAAAAACUGCCCGGAUCUUGUGGUAUUUCGUCUUUGUAUAAUAGGCCGGUAUCGACCCGAUCGGGCCACGGGUGAACCCAUGGACGAGGGUUUCGGAGCCAUUGUCAAGAACUGUAAGAAACUGACUCGGUUAGCUGUUUCUGGUUUGCUAACCGAUCGAGCCUUUAGUUACAUUGGGCAAUAUGGUAAAUUGGUGCGAACAUUAUCUGUGGCUUUUGCUGCAGACGGUGAUACCGGGCUAAAAUACGUGUUGGAAGGGUGCACAAAUCUGCAAAAGCUUGAAAUCAGAGAUAGCCCGUUUGGGGACUCGGGUUUACUGUCGGGUUUGCACCAUUUUUACAAUAUGAGGUUUGUUUGGCUGUCGUCAUGCAGAGUGACUAAACAAGGAUGUUUGGAAGUUGCUAGAAGAUUGCCGAAAUUAGUGGUGGAGGUUUUUCGCAGGGAUGAGGAGGAAGGAGGCGAGAGGGGCGAUUUUGUCAAUACGCUUUAUAUGUACCGGUCACUCGAUGGCCCACGAGCAGAUGCACCACAAUUUGUCAAGAUUCUGUGAAUUUCAAAGAUGUAAGCAGGCAGGCCAUCAUACCGAUUUAAACUGUGUUCAUGAUAUGUUGGGUGCAUCUUUCUUCAUGAAUUUUUAAGAAAAUAUGAUCUUCAACAACGAUAUUUUAACGCGUAUGCUGCACCUUCUCAUGCAAUAAAUGAGUGACAGUUGUUGAAGAUCACCGUGGGGCUGUCAAGAUCUGUGGGUCACCGAAACUUUGGCUGUUGUUUGGAUCAAAUACAAGUUUGUAGUGUUUUACACGAAAAAAGAUUCGAUCUUUGAGGUGGGGUUGAUCUUAUUUAAUGAAGUUUGUUGUUUUACGCGAUAAAGAUUCGAUCUUUGAGGUGGGGUUGAUCUUAAUUGAUGAAGUUUCUCUAAGCAGCAGAUGAUAGUAUUAUUUAAUUUGGUAGCAGAGAGCUUUGAAUCCUGUUACAUGUUGUACUCAGAUGUUAGUGAUACAUUCAUAUCUUCUUUAUUUUAGAAGUUUGUUUUAAAGAUGUUUUAGUCAGAAGCCCUUGAUUUUGUUUAGUUGGAAAAAAAAAAAAGACUUUGGUGCUUCUGUUGUAUGCUUGUAUCAGCAAUGGUCAAAUCUGGAGUAAUGUACCAGUUCAUAAGCAUAAAA